AUGGGCUACUAUUGCGCCUGGGGUGACGCGAAGAUGACAUGCAGCUCCGAGGAGGAGGGUUACGAAAAUCGCACGUCCGACGUCGGAGAAAAGCGAGGACGCGCCUCGGACAUCCAUGGGGAAGCUCCACCAGCUCCGGCUCCACCGAUCGCGGACGAUACCGAUCGGCAGUUCUGGGCGGAGGACGAGCUGAGCGGCUCGGAGUCGCGGCAGAGAUCAGCCACGAGGAGGAAGCGUCGGCGUAGCGUCUCCUACAGGAACCGCGCCGCGAACAGGAGCCGAUCCUGCAUUCCCCGUUCCUCGAAUUCCAGCUCCGAUUCGAUCCACGCGGAGACCUCGCCUAAAGAAUACGAAGACGUUGGUUGAACCCUAAAAUAGGCAAAUUCGGAAAAACAU